AUGUUUAAAGAUAAAGCGAGUGUACCAACUGGCCUUAUCAGUCAUGAAAAUAAAAAGACUACCGUCACAGAUGGUCACACUGGACAUUAUAGUAUCAAGGGAAUAACCCACAACACUAGCAAAGUGCUCAGUGAUGCAUUCAAUGGAACAUGCGAAAAUAGAAGUGAUACCACAUCCGAAACUAACCGACCUGAACGUGACAACUUUGAUGAUUUGUCAAACUAUUUAAUAUUUAACGAAAGUAAAUCAAGUUGUAACUUGAAAGAUGAAGGCAUUUCUGAAAAACUAGCCAAAGAAUCUCAAAUCAAACCAAACUCUGGAUCUGAGAAUAUAUUUAAUCCCUUAAAGGAAACAGAAUAUGUUUGGAAACCUGGUUUCUGUCUACAGCUGGGCUCAAAGGGGAGAAAAGCCAUGCUCAAACUACUUCGAAAUGCAUACAAGAGUAAUAAAAACUUUAAAAGGGUUUUUGAAAAAAAGAACCCACCUACAACAAUCAGCAACUUACCCUUCUUCAGAGUAUCAAUGUUAUGGGAACUUGCUCAUGAUCUAAAUGUCUUUGAUGAAGCAAUCUUAAUUCACAAGUGUUUUGGGAAGGUGAAGAACAAGACAAGAAGUCCGAUACGUAAUGCUUGUGAAACAUUCAAUAAUGCAACUAAAGACGAAUUAAAUGGCAAUUUGAUAAAGGGUACUGAAAAAUGUGGAAAUCAUCUACAUUAUGAAUCAGAAUGUAUAUUGUCGACUGAAACAAUUCCAAACCAGAUGCUCAGCAAAGUGCAUGACAUUGGUAUAACAUACCUUCACAAUUGCAAUAAUCAACAUACAGAUAAAAUAGAGGACAAAGCUCCUGAAAUUUCACAGAUAAAACAUACAAACGAUUUCGAUCCAGACGAACACGAUAUCCUAUUCAAGAGGGUUUUCCAAUUAGACAGCUCUACAUUGAAACUUUCUACUUCACCCAGUUCACUUUCUACCGAAGUAACUUCACUAAAUGAUGGACAAACAAAUGAAGAUGAAAACUUGCUACCCAAUGACUCUGAGCAAUUUGACACUUUAGCUGGAAUGUCCAUACCAUUAGGCUUGUUAAAAGAUGGGGAAAACAUCUUGUCUGGACAAAAGUGUCAUGAAGACGAAAAGGUACAAAAUGUUCAAACACGUAGGGCAAACGAUACAACUCGCGAGGAGUUUGGAAAACUCGCACUCUAUUUAUCCAGGGAGUACAAAUUUUUGAAUGCUGACAAAAGUUCAUAA